CCCCCAUCAUCUGCGCCCAGCCCUUCUGUUGGUCCCCUCUCUUUGACCACCUCUUUCUGCUUGGGUCCUGGCAGACUCAGAAGCUACACCGGCAGCUCGUCUCGGCGCACCGCACAACGACCUCCCACCCCAUUCGUUCUUUUGACAUACCAACUCAGUGUCGGCCCUAGACCUCCAUUCUUCUGCACCCUCUCCGAGAACUUUGUAUCACCAUGAGUGUCGUCGACCGCGAACUGGAUCUGUCCGAGCGCGACUUGUUCAGCAGCGUGGGCAACGCACUUUCCUCCCUCUUCACUCCAAUCUUCCCAGGACAGCAGACAACGUCAGAGACGUCGACCAGCUCGACCCUUACCUUGACGCAGUCAGCCACAGCGACACAGACUGACACUUUGACUCAGUCUACUGCUACUUCGACUGCAACCUCGACGACAAGCACUGUCGCAUCGACUCGGUCGAGCAGUUCCUCGUCAUCGAGAGCGACUUCAUCAUCUUCAUCCUCAUCCGCGACAGCAACAUCCUCAGCUGGGACCUCGUCGACCUCUGCUACACAAACCUCCGCAGAAACCGUCGUGAGCACUGGGCCACAGGGAACGGUCACCCUCACCGAAACCUCGUCCUCAUCGGCAUCCGCCACGGCUGCUGCUAAUGCCGCGACAUCAAAGGGCUUCCUAGCCAACAAGGGCCUGUCAGUGGGCGUCAUCACGGCGUGUUCAUUGGUGGGCCUCGUGCUCAUCAUCAUCGUGGCAACGUGGACCCUCCGCCGUCGCCGUCGCAACAAGCUGCACGAGGAGGCCGUGGACUUCACUCCCUUCCCGUCGUCCGACGAGCUGCUCAGCAAGGAUGUCGAGCGCAGUGGAGGCGGCGGCGGGCGCACGCGCCCGAGUUCCCGUGGCAGCGCGAACUCGAACGAUGGGAGCUUGCCGCCGGCCUCCGCACGGGGCGCCGUGCAGCCCAAGACGUCGGCCCCGGAGAUGUACCAGACAGGCUAUCCUGUCGCGCCGGUGUUCGUGCCCACGGCGGGGCUUGCGGCGCCAUCGAAGGCCGUGACCUCGAACAUAAUCAAUCAAGUCGCCUUUCCGUCGCAGGCGUACUCGAACCCGAUGCAGGGCUACAACGACUUUGGGCCGUACCCUGUAUAUGAUGCGCGCUCGCCGCCCCCAGCCAACGCCAACGCGUACCAACCUGCGGGCACGCUCGCGCCUCGACCAGGUCCCACAUAUAAUAACGGGUAUGGCGCCACGGCUGGCGCUGCUUCCGCCGCCGCCGCCCCUGCAGGUCCGCCCGUGCGGAAGGCCAGCCAGCGCAAGCAAGUCCCGCCGCUCAACCUCAGCGCGACGCGCGACGAUGCUAGCCCGCCCGCGUACCAAAUAACACCGGUGACGGGCAACAACGCGUCGCCGAUGCUCGCGAACCCGUAUGGGACGACGCCGAACCUCGCGGAUCCGCCUCUCUCCGCGGUGUCGCCCCACCCAAAGCGCGGCUCGAAGUCGCUGCUGAAUUCACCCGUGCACCUAGCGUACUCGGACGAGGGCGCGAGCGUGGACGGCGACAAGGCGUCGGAGAAACCCAGGAGCCGGACGAACAGCUAUUCAAGGAUGCUCGACCCGGGCCUGCCCCAGAUGCCUGUCGCCGCCCCGCUGCCUGACGAGUUUGGCACUCAGGGCGACGCCGCGGUGAAGGACGAGAAGGCGGCCGUUCGACAACUCACUGUCCGGAACGAGUGACAGUCGGACAUCGGCCGUUGAGCGUCGCCGUCGCAACUAUACCUCGCCCGAAGUUAUACCUCACUAACGCUACUCACACGCCCGCCGCCGCACUGCUUUCCGCUCUUCUUUGCGUGUACCAUCUUCUGCACUUGUCUUGCACUCCGUCGCCCGUCAGCGAGGCCACGUUUGCGCCCGUCCUCCGUCGUGCUGUGCGCCGCGGAGGAACACCUACUAGACCCGAACGUCCUAAUUCCCCGCUGCCGCCCGCGCAGCCUGUGUCACACCCUGUCUCUCUUUCGCCGUACAUUAGCCGUCUUGCGAACGCUGCGUC